GCCAUAUAUUAAAGCCCUUCAUUCUUCAACCCAUGGACCAGCUCCACAAUUGCUUCGACCCCAACAUCCUAGGGUUGGCUGAUAUGUCACUUUUGCCACCGAGUCCGUCUCCUCAUAAUACUCAUGCAAAAGUGGUAAGAGUGGAGAAGAAGGGUUUAGAGCAUGCAAUUUCAGAAGAAGAGAUGAAGAUCCGGCGAGAAAUUGAGAAUGAAAUAGAGAGAGAUUUGGAGGAAGAGAUUAAAGGAGGGAUAUACCAACAUGCCCUUCGCCUGAACCGCCUUUAUCAGCACCGGAAAAUUUCCGGUCAUAUUAAGCCGUUGAAAACCAAGAAAGACCUUUUGGAGGUAAAUAUCAGCAUCAAAAUGGAUGGAGGGACAAUGAUGGAAAUAAGAGAGACCAAAAAGGUGGCGCCACCGCCGGAAAGUCUCCGGCCGAGAACUUCCCGGUCCGACACCCUUGCUCCGGCAGUCCCGGAGAUGAAAAGGUUGGAUUGGGCGAAGUCUCUCCGGUCGAGUGCGGCGCCGCCGUUUGUCCGGAGAAAUGUCAGAUUUGAUCGGAAUAAAAUGGCGGUGCCAUAGAUCUAAUUAUUUGUUUAAAAGUAUAUUUAAUUUGUUAAUUUGGAUGUUGGGAUGUAGCUGUGGUUUCAUUUGUUGGUGGGGUGUGUUUUGUUUGUGUUAAUAAAGCCGACAUGUCGUUGCUUAUUGGAAAUAAUCGAAACAUUUUUGGAUUUUUUAAUUUCUUUUUCAAGGUUAAUAGUAAAGUUUUAUAC